GCUUCUACACUACCCUACCCCUCACAUUCACAGCAAACCCUAGCCCGUCUCCCUAUUCCGGUAAGUAGUGUUUAGCCUUUAGCUUUCUUCAAAAACCCAUAUUUAAUCCAUUUGUCAAAUCAAUUGGUGAAUUUUUUGACUGUUAAAUUCAGGGUGCUCUUUGAUAUGUCUAGUAGGCAAGAUUCAGAUGUCGAUGAUGAUUUCAGUGAUCUUUACAAGGAAUAUACUGGCCCUGUUAGGUCCAACACAACUAAGGCACAAGAGAUAACAGUGACAAACAAAAGGUCUCAUGCUGGUUCCGAUGAGGAAGAAGACGCCCCUGACCCCAAUGCUGUCCCGACAGACUUUACUAGCAGGGAAGCAAAGGUUUGGGAAGCUAAAUCUAAAGCUACUGAGAGAAAUUGGAAGAAAAGGAAGGAGGAAGAAUUGAUUUGUAAAAUAUGUGGAGAGUCAGGCCACUUUACCCAGGGAUGUCCAUCUACUCUUGGAGCAAAUCGCAAGUCUCAAGAUUUCUUUGAGAGAGUGCCUGCAAGGGAAAGCCAUGUGAAAGCUUUAUUCACUGAGAAAGUUAUAAAUCAAAUUGAGAAGGAUGUUGGCUGCAAAAUCAAAAUGGAGGAGAGGUUUAUUAUAGUUAGUGGGAAGGACAGAUUGAUCCUAAGAAAAGGAGUGGAUGCUGUGCAUAAAAUUAAAGAAGAGGCGGACAAAAAGGGUCCUUCUAGUUCUCAGGCAUCCAGAUCAAGGUCACCUGAGCGCAGAAGUCCUGUUAGCUCUCGUAUGGUACGUUCUGAUUCUCAGAGAUCCAAUCACAGCCCUCAGAAUGCAUCACAAUUACACCAUAGGUACGGAAGACAAGAGAAGGUUGUUGAUGAUCGCGGUCAUGAUGGUUUUCACAAAAUUGCAAGGGGUAGUUCACAAGCAAGAGCUUAUGGUAAUGAUGGAGCUAGAGGUCGAUCAAGCCAAUCAAAGUCUCCGGCACGCCCCGCUUAUAUGAGUAACUCGUAUAAUUCAUAUGAUGGUCAUGGUCAGGGCAGGAGUGUUUACAGGUCUGAUGGUUGGGAUGCUGGUAGACGUGGUUCUGACAUGAAAUCUAACAGUAACUUUGACUACCCCUCCAUUCCACAAUCCUUAGAGAAUCUUGAAUUGGACUACCAAAAGGAUGCUAUAGAUCUAGGAAGAAUUCGGGAUAAGGAAGAAGAUGAAGAAAAUCACAAGCAUAGAGAGGCCGUCAGAGAAGUAAGAGAGAACUACAUGAAGAAAUUGGCCAUCCUUAGAGUUGAACAUGCAAAGCAAUGGGAAGAGUUUCUUCAACUUGAUGCCCGGAGGAGGCAACAGCUGGCAGGACAGCAUGUGUCAGCGUCUGGGUUUGGCAGUUACAAUCAACAGAGCUAUCAAGAGUAUGAGAACUCAGCAGGUAAUCCACAUUAUUCAGUACCCAACGUACCAGUGGAACCAAGGGGAAGGUAUCCAAACCCUAUGGAUAUCUACCAUCCAUCAAGGCCAGAAGACAGUUAUGGCGACUUUCAGCGUCAGAGGCGUGAUGAUUAUGGGAAAGCCUAUAACCGAUACUAAAUGGGUAGAUUGGAGUUUUUUUUUGGAUGCGAGUUGGUGGUGUCCUCGUUCACUGUGAUGAAUCAGUCUGGUUGUGUUUGGAGAUGUAGAAAGAUCAAGAAAGAUUCUGAGUAUGGUACUGUUUAUGCUGUAAAGACAAUUGAAUCAGGUUGUUCUUAUUUGGGGUUAAAUUAUAUCUUUAUCUACACUAGUGAAGUUUGAGCUUUGGCAUGAGAUUAGGAAAUACCGAAUAUCAUGGUAUAAUUGCCUGCUUUUCAGUUCUUUCAAUAGAAGAUGCUUCGAGAAGCUUUUCAUCUUAUGAUGAGUGAUAUAAUUUUCAUAAUGCUGGCAAUUAUAGAGA